CUCUCUGCCGUCUAACCAGUGUUGUCUUCACUGCUUUCAACUAGACAUUCUCCAAAAACAGAUAUCUGUGCGUGUCACUGGUUGCAGCCUUGCUGGAGCGAUGGGAGAGGCCGAGACGCGUCAGAAAUUGCUGCGCAAUGUGAAGAAAGAGGUGAAACAAAUUAUGGAGGAGGCAGUAACGAGGAAAUUUGUGCACGCAGACAGCAGCCACAUCAUAUCCUUCUGCGCUGUAGUGGAGGCCUGCGUGCUACAUGGACUGAAGCGUCGUAUUGCAGGCCUGCUGUGCAGUAACAAGGUUGCAGCACUCUUUAUGAAGGCGGCAAAAAGCUUUUCCCCUGCUGAGGAACUCUGCCACAAGGUCCAUGAGAUGCAACAGCUCAUUGAAAACAGCAAGCAGAACAAUUCUUCACAAAGUAAUGACCGCAGUCGGCAAUCCAAGUUAGCCAACAUCCCUCCUCAGGCACUGAAACACCUGUGGAUCCGAACUGCGCUAAUAGAGAAGCUCCUGGACAAGAUUGUUGUGUACUUGGUGGAGAACAGCAGUGCCUUCUACGAGAAAGAAGCCAUGCUGUUGGAUCCGGAGGAUGGACCAAUUCUUGCAUCUCUAUUGGUUGGCCCUUGUGCUUUGGAGUACACCAAAAUGAAGACUGCAGACCAUUUCUGGACCGACCCGUCCGCUGACGAGCUCGUGCAGCGGCAUCGCAUCCACAGCGGCCACUGUCGGCAGGAUUCGCCCUCCAGACGGCCCGCCCUGAUCCAGAAGAGACAGUCCAGUGGUAGCAUGGAUGAUCGCCCUCUCAUGUGGGUGAGGGACUAUGUCGAGUCACUCCACCAAAACUCCAGAGCCGCACUUCUGUUUGGGAAGAACAACGUCCUUGUGCAGCCGAGGGACGACAUGGAGGCCAUCCCAGGAUACCUUUCUCUACAUCAAACUGCAGACCUCAUGACACUAAAAUGGACACCCAAUCAGCUAAUGAAUGGCAACGUGGGGGAGCUAGAUUCUGAGAAAAGUGUUUAUUGGGAUUAUGCUAUGACCAUUCGUUUGGAUGAGAUUGUGUAUCUCCACUGUCAUCAGCAAGUGAACAGUGGUGGGACGGUCGUUUUGGUGAGCCAGGAUGGGAUCCAGAGACCUCCUCUUCAUUUCCCCAAAGGAGGACAUCUCCUCCAGUUUCUCACCUGCCUGGAGACCGGCCUGCUACCUCACGGACAGCUGGACCCACCGCUCUGGAAUCAGAGAGGAAAGGGAAAGGUUUUCCCCAAACUGCGUAAUAGGAGUCCGCACGGCUCAUGCGAUUCUGUAUCUGAUAAGGAAGAUGAUGAAGCAACCGAUUAUGUGUUUCGGAUCCUCUUUCCUGGCAAUCAGAUGGAGUUCAUGGCCCUGGAUCUGAUGGACCAGGGUGUGAACAUGUGGCAACCGGCACCCAGAAAGUCCUCCUGCUCCUCCUGCUCGCAGAAUGGCUCUUCUGAUAGCUCUCUGCCUAAUGGCUGUAAUCAGGAAAGGGCUCCCUUAAAGCUCCUUUGUGACACCAUGAAGUAUCAGAUAAUCUCCCGUGCUUUCUAUGGAUGGCUUGCAUACUGCCGUCAUCUGUCCACGGUUCGCACGCACCUUUCUGCUCUGGUCAACACCACUAUAGUUGACUCUGAUGUGCCCUGUAAUGCCAGAGGAGGCCUCUCUGUGGAGGUCUGGGGCCGAUUCCUCAACGACAGCUCUGCGUACGAGGAAGAGGAGCUACACAGGCUUGUGUAUUUCGGUGGUGUGGCUCCUUCACUACGUAAAGAGGUCUGGCCCUUCCUGUUGGGACACUACCAGUUUACCACGACUGCAAAAUGCCGGCUAGAGAUUGACGAGCAGAUGCGGGCCAUGUAUGAGCAGACUAUGAAGGAGUGGCAGGGUUGUGAGGCCAUCGUCCUUCAGAGGGAGAGUGAGAAACAUGCUGAGGCCAUCGCCAGAUGUUCAUCUGGAGCCAGUGUGGAAAGAGGCCCGGUGCAGCGGGACUCCACCAUCAGCACAGAUUCGUCUCUAAGUAGCAGCUCAGAUCAGCAGAAUGCCCACUCACAAAGUGAUUCCAGCAGCGGAGCGCAGGGAUUUGGAUCGGUUGAGGCAGUGGAUCAGAUUGAUGCUGAACCCAGGGCUGAGGAUGCACAAGUACAGCCCAGCAGUCCACUGAAGGAUGUCACGAGCAACACUGCAGAUGCCCCACAGCUUCCUUCCUCCCCAGGGCUGUCAAACCAGGGUACAGGUCCAGAAAGCAGCCCUCUUGUAACAGAGUCAGCCGUUGGAUCCGCACCCUCUCAGCAGUCAGUGGAAGCAUCAGAAGCCUUACAUGAGAAAACUACAACUGUCUCCCGGUCGGAUGUAAUGGACGCAGUAGCCAAGGACGAGGUUUCAGAGACAAAUAUGGAAACAGUUUCAGAAGGUGAGGUUAAGGACUGUGGAAUCAGUAAGUCACAAGACACAUCUGAAUCUAAAAAAGCUGAAGUAGAAGAAAAAUUUGUAACAACAAUUGAGCAGUCUGAAGAUUUAAAAGCAGUAGACACAAAUAUGAAUUUAAGAAGUGUUCCAGAGAGCACUAAUGUUCUAAAGCUAGAGAGGGAGAUUCAUAAUGAAUAUUUCCAAGCACCUCCACUCGGGCAGACCUUGGCUUUUCAAGCACACAAGAGCAAAGACCUCGGAGUGAAGCCAUUAUGUCCGAGUGCAGCAGAAAAAGAUACAAAUUUACCGAGUGAAAAACCUGAAACAACUUUUGAGAAAAAGUCCUGUACCACAGAGUCAGAAAGAAAGGAUGCUGAAGCAACAGUUUGUGACUUGGCUGAAAUCAAAAAGGACAAAGCUGCAGAAAUUCCAUUUGAGAAGCCUGGUUCAAUUUCACCUGUCAGACAAGUACUGAACGCUCUUCAGUCAGCGUCAAGGGGCAGCCUUUCAUUACCGUCCCACUCUCGGCAGUCUCCAGACACCGCAGAUUCAGAUGACUCUCCUUCUGCCCUGGAAAUGGAGGACAUUCCUGCAGGGACUUGUGUGACCUCUGAGGAUAUCAAGUCAAGGCCUUUGGCAGGCCUUGCUGCGCCCCCUAUCUCCCUUGCGCAAAGACUGAAAAUGGCAUCAGAGGACCUUGUCCUAGAUCACCAUCUGGACACAGCCUGCAACACCAGCCCUGAGGGCACUGACCUCGGCCUUUCUGAAGAGGAGCCUGAGAUGGAAAAUGUGCUCACUGAACCAGAGUCUGCAGAGGUGGGCGGAGACGCCAAACACGAUGAAUCCUCAGAAGAACAAACCUAUUCCCAAGAAACACUGGACAUGUACUUGAUCAAUUUGCAUCGCAUUGACAAAGAUGUCAGGCGCUGUGACAGAGCGUAUUGGUACUUCACUCCUGAGAACCUGGAGAAGCUUCGUAACAUCAUGUGCAGUUACGUGUGGCGGCAUCUAGAUACAGGUUACGUCCAGGGCAUGUGUGAUCUGCUGGCUCCCCUACUGGUUAUUCUGGACGAUGAGGUCAUGGCAUUUAGCUGCUUCACUGAACUGAUGAAGAGGAUGAACCAGAAUUUUCCUCAUGGAGGUGCCAUGGACUCUCACUUCGCCAAUAUGCGUUCUCUUAUCCAGAUCCUGGACUCUGAGCUGUUUGAGCUGAUGCAGCAGAAUGGAGACUACACACACUUCUACUUCUGUUAUCGUUGGUUUCUACUUGACUUCAAAAGAGAAAUGGUGUAUGAUGAUGUUUACUCCGUGUGGGAAACUAUCUGGGCAGCCAAGUACAACUCCUCUGAUCACUUUGUGCUCUUCCUUGCCCUGGCACUUGUGGAGAUGUAUAGAGACAUCAUCCUAGAAAAUAACAUGGACUUCACAGACAUCAUCAAGUUCUUCAAUGAAAUGGCAGAGCGACACAACGUCCCGCAGGUCCUGAUGAUGGCUCGAAACUUGGUCAACAAAGUACAGACGCUCAUAGAGAACAAGUGACGUUUCUUUCUGCUCCCAUGUCUCUGUGCUAAAUUGUUUCAAGAUACUGACACAACCACAUAUUAGUCAUUUAUUCAAGAGUAAGGAAAUACAUGUUAAUGAAAUGCAGUGGUAAGUACUGGUAAUUAUUCGAAGACAGUUGUAUAACAACUUAUUCCCAGUUGCUCCUCUCUAAAUGUAUAUUGAGGGGAGAUGCAAUUAUUGCCAGUACAUUUAUUUUUAAAGUGUCAUUGUUCACCUCGUGAAUGUACCCUUGUUGAAACUGCUUUUUUAUUUUGCCUUAAAUUGAGCUAUUUUUUCAGGGAUACAGCAACCAAAUUAUUCUGUGAAUUGUUCUUCUACAAGGUUAAUUUUUGUUCAUCUGUACAUCUUGUGAUGCACUUGAAUAUGUUUUCAAUAUUAUUACUUUUUUUUGUUGUUGCUGAAAUUGUAGCUACCAUGAUUAAACUUCUUGUGAUGAACUUGAAUAUAUUUUCAGUAAUAAUGUCUGGCAUUAUAAGAUGAUUGGAUUUGGUGAACGUUAGAGCUACAUUAGAGAAGCUUGUGUUAACGUAGCAUGUGUGGUUUGCUUCUCAAUAGCCAUUUUGAGGACCAAUUGCUGGCUUCUCUGAGGCUUGAUAGUCCUCUACCUGUGUUUGCAUCCGAUGCACACCAUCUUGCAGGAAAUCCAGACCAAACCUGUGAUCUCUGGGCAGUCGGGAAGGAUUGCAUUUAGUUUGCAAAUACAGUAUCGCUGUAUCCUCUGGUACCAAGUUCACAUACUUUUGUGCUCCUUCUAUAUCUGACCUUAGCUAUGCAUUGAUUAGCUUUUUUUUGUGUGCAGACUGGUUGCUGCUACUGGUUCAAUGCAGACAAAUUCUUCUCACCUUAAAUAAACACGACGCUGCUCAGGCUGAAGAAUUCAGCUGUUGUUUUUUUCACGACAUUUAGACAGUACAGUGCCAACAGAUUCUACUUCCUUGCAGCAUUGCGGUAGCUGCUCUGAUGGUUCAUUUUGAGCCGCCGGUAACCUCAAAGGGGUGUGCGGUGAAGGCAGCAUGCUUCCUCUGCACCCCCCCCCCCCCCCCAAGAUCAGUUUCAUGAUUUUCUGCCUCUGUCUUAACGUGCCAAUCUUGGUUGCCUUGUCUUUAACACGCAUUGUUUUUAUAUGUCCACACUUUUGACAAGUCUUACAACAAUGGUUGAUAUUUCCUGGAGUAACAUGUGUGCAUUUCUCUUCAUUAUUACCCCGCGUUCAUAACUGUUGACAAAGAACUCUGCUCCUCAUGAGGCUCAAGCCAGUAUCUCAAUCAUGGACACACGUUUCCUCAGCUACAUUAUGUUUCCUGUAAAGCUAGCGUGUAAACAGCGAUCUCCACCUUGAUGGGCUUACAUCCUUCAUUUGAUCGUUUGAAAGAGAAGUCAACAGUCUGUUGAAUUUUAUCUCGAGCCGUCCAGUUCCUUGACAGGCUCUCUUCUUGGCCAGGCUGUAAUGGUCACCAGAUUUAUUAUUGCACACCUCCCACCCGAAGAGUUUCUGUUCACUGUACUGCAUUACAGCGCUGCUUAGACUGUCAUAAAUUCAGCUAUUAGUAAAUACCAGAAGGUCAAGUUAUUACAUUUAAAGGGUCAGUUCAGUGGUUGAUGGUCAGUGGUAUGUAGCAGUGCAGAUACUUUUGGUUUUACGCGUGUACGUUUACACCACUGAAUCUUCUGCCGCUAAUCUAAUACAGUGGAGUUGAAUGGAAUUUCAUUUGUUCAGCUGAAAAUGAACAUAUAUCUGCAAUGUGUAUUUCCAGAAACUUUGUCUUUGAGACCUUGAUGUCAAUAGUUUAAAUUGGCCUAAUGAGGUCUGUGAGUCUGAUCGGUUUAGCAGAAAUUCAAGAUGGAUGUCCUAAAAUCUCAGCAGAUAAAUACAAAACGUUCUACAUGGCUAGAUACCGAAGUAUGUCAGAAGAUAUGAUUUAUUGGUGCCACUCAGUUUCAAAAUAGCCAAAAACACACCCUUGUUUGAUUCACUGUGGCUUAACUACCAGUGUUUGGAAAUCACUGCUAAUGUGUCUCCAUAUGAUCUUCUAAAACAUGCCUGAGUAUUGCCGUUUGUGUAUUGCUGUGUUUGUUGUCAGAAGAUUUACUGUAUACAAUGUGUUCAAAAGAAACUAAGCUCGUAAAUAGUUAUAUAAAUGCAAUACAAAGUCUGUAUGUGGGCUUUAUCUGAUUAUAAUGAACAGAAAGAUAAAAAUAUGCCAUUGGAAAUAAAUAUAUUUUAAAAAAAAUUCUGUGUCCUCCCAAAAUUGUCACCUGGUAGAAUUAAUUUAUUGCGUAUUAAAAAUAUUAUAUUUUGCAUCCCA